UGUGCCAGGGAAUCACAGUGGGUGACAAGCUUCUUGAGUUCAGCCGAGGGAAUUGUUACCACACUGGAUCCUCCUCCUGACUCAGUGAAGCUGCAGUUGAUCUGCAAUGGAGCCGCUGCUGGGAAUCACUUGCUGCUUCCUCUUCUCUCUCGCGCCCAUUCACACCCUCUACAUCUCCAGCGAUAAAGACUCUCUUUUGAAGAAGUUAGAGGAGUACAGUCUUGUAACCCCGGUCAGCACAGACUCUAAUGGUAAAUAUGUUUCUCACACCGUGACAAAGCAAGAAACCAACCGUUUUAGAAGAGAUGCUGGCAUUCUUGAAAAAACCUCCGGCGAAAGAAUAUAUUAUAAUGUCACUGUUUUUGGGAAGGAAUUUCACUUAAGGUUAAGAGUAAAUUCCAAAUUGGUUGCACCGGGCGCAACAAUUGAAUGGGAGGAUGAGGCCAAUGUGACUGCUAUUAAACCACUGAACACAAAUUGCCUUUAUGUUGGUGAUAUAACUGGUUUACCAAAUGCCUCUGUUGCUAUAAGCAACUGCGAUGGACUGGCUGGCAUGAUUCGCACAGAAGAAGAAGAAUAUUUUAUUGAACCACUGGAAAAAGACAAGGAUGGAGAGGAGGAAGGGAGAGUUCAUAUUGUUUAUCGUAGAUCAGCUAUAUUAAAGUCUUUUCAAGGCAAUAACAUUGACAUUCAACUAAAUGAGACCUCGCAGCAUAAAUCAAAUCUCUUGGAAAAUAUCAUCGAUAAUGUUCAAGAACAAGUCAAUAUUUCGAGGAAAAGAACUCGGAGACACGCAAGCGAUGAUGCCUAUAACAUUGAAAUUCUUCUCGGAGUUGAUAACUCUGUCGUAGAAUUCCACGGAAAGGAAAAUGUUCAGAAAUACCUUCUGACGCUCUUAAAUAUUGUUAAUGAAAUCUACCACGACGAAUCUUUGGGUGCCCAUAUUAACGUUGUGCUUGUACGGAUCAUCAUGCUUAGUCAUGCAGAAUCUGCCACCUUAAUUAAGGUUGGGAAUCCUUCUCAGAGUUUAGAGAAUGUCUGUCGGUGGGCAUAUCGGCUGCGGAAACCAGAGGCUGGACAUGCUGAAAAUCAUGACCAUGCCAUAUUUCUCACAAGGCAAGAAUUUGGUCCAUCAGGCAUGCAAGGUUAUGCUCCAAUUACAGGAAUGUGCCACUCUGUACGAAGCUGCACACUUAAUCACGUAGAUGGAUUUUCUUCAGCUUUUGUAAUAGCUCAUGAGACUGGUCACGUGUUAGGUAUGGAACAUGAUGGCCAAGGAAAUCAUUGUGGAGAUGAGGUACUACAGGGAAGCAUAAUGGCCCCACUGGUACAAGCAGCAUUUCAUCGCUUUCAUUGGUCUCGGUGUAGCCAGCAAGAGCUCAGGCGUUACUUAAAUACAUACGAUUGUCUCAGAAAUGAUCCUUUUGAUCACAAUUGGCCUUCUCUACCUCAACUACCAGGGAUUCAUUACUCUAUGAAUGAUCAGUGCAGAUUUGAUUUUGGUUUGGACUAUAUGAUGUGUACAGCGUUACCAACACUCGACCCCUGCGAGGAGCUUCGGUGUAGUCAUUCUGAUAACCCUUACUCCUGUAAAACAAAAAAAGGCCCUCCUCUGAAUGGAACAAUCUGUUCUCAUGGAAAGCACUGCUUCAAAGGACAUUGCAUCUUGCUCACUCCAGAUCUCCUCCGGCAAGAUGGAAACUGGGGGCAGUGGAGCAAAUUUGGCUCUUGCUCUCGUAGCUGUGGCACAGGAGUAAAAUACAGAACCCGGAGUUGUGACAAUCCACAUCCAGCUAAUGGUGGUCGUUCCUGUAGUGGCCCCAUCUACGAUUUUCAGCUGUGCAACACAGAAGAUUGCAAAACAGCUUUUGACGACUUCCGGGAAGAGCAAUGUAAACAGUGGGAUCCGUACUUUGAACAUGAAGAUUCUAAACAUACCUGGCUUCCAUUCGAGCAUCCUGAUGAAAAAGAAAGAUGCCAUCUUUACUGCCAAUCAAAAGAAAACGGUGAUGUUGUAUAUAUGAAGAGAUUAACGCACGACGGAACACGCUGCUCAUACAAAGAUUCUUAUAACAUUUGCGCUCGUGGUGAAUGUCUGAAAGUUGGUUGUGACAACGUAAUUGGCUCAAAAAAAAAAGAAGAUAAGUGUGGGGUAUGUGGUGGAGAUAACUCGCACUGCAAAGUUGUAAAAAGAACAUUCUUAAGCUUGCUUAGGAUACGAGAUUUGCGUUUACAGUACAUAAACUGCAUGUUAACUGCACAGUAUCGGCAUCGGCAUCAGGGAAGCUGCUCGGCAGGGAGUCUAAAAAUAUUCGAGAUUCCAGCGGGGGCACGUCAUUUGCUGAUUCAAGAAACUGGUGCAUCCUUACACAAUCUUGCUAUCAAAAAUCAAGCCACAGGAAAAUUCAUCCUGAAUGAUGGUAAUGUCAACAUGCCAGACUCUAAAAUAUUUAUUAACAUGGGGAUUGAAUGGGAGUAUCAAAAUGAUGAGAACCGUGAAACAAUUCAGACUAUGGGACCACUUCACAAUCCGGUCACUGUACAUGUAAUUCCUCAUGGGCAGUCAACAAUUUCAGUGAGUUAUAAAUAUAUGAUACAAGGCGAUUCCUUGAAUGUAGAUAACAACAAAGUUGUCGAAGAUGUGGUUGUCACAUAUGAAUGGACUUUGAAGAAGUGGUCCCAUUGUUCCAAACCAUGUGGAGGAGGUCAACAAUUCACAAAAUAUGGCUGCAGAAGAAAAUCUGACCACAAAAUGGUUCACAAAAACUUCUGCGAAUCUAUCCAAAAACUAAGGCCAAUUCGAAGAAUGUGCAAUCUUCAAGAAUGUUCCCAGCCACUCUGGAUUUGUGGAGAAUGGGAACCUUGCACUGCAACAUGUGGUAAAUCGGGUUACCAGUUCCGAACAGUUAAGUGUAUUCAGCCAUUAAAUGAGAACAAAAACCGUUCUGUUCACAACAAAUACUGCAGCGAUGAUCGUCCAGAAGCCAAAAGACCUUGUAAUCGUCUACCUUGUCCUGCUCAAUGGAGAAUUGGGCCUUGGUCACCAUGUUCAGUAACUUGUGGCAAUGGCACGGAAAAAAGGCAGGUGCAUUGUGGGUCAGAUGUCAACAAAUCUGCCAACUGUAAUGAAAAAAAGCUAGAAACAAUACGAAAAUGCCGAUUACCUCCAUGUUCUGGAAAUGUAUCCGAUCUGUAUAAGAAGAACUACAUUGUGCAAUGGCUGUCAAAACAGGAUCCCAACUAUUCCCUUCACAAGAUAUCUUCAAAUGAAAGCUGCCUUGUAGACAAGUCGAUGGUUUGUCGUCUGGGAAUUUUGCAUGAAUAUUGCUCAGUGCCUGGCUACAGCCGAAUGUGUUGUAAAUCGUGCAAUGCAUCCCGGUUGCAUAAUGACUCUGACACCAAAAUGAAUAAUAGUGGUAAUCCUGCACGCCCAAUUCCAUCACCUCCCACUCGCUAUAAUACUACUUUGACAUUUACUCCUAAAUACAAGCAAAAUGUUUCAAACGUCAGCCUCACUGACCAACAGAGCAACAGGGUUGACAUUCCAUAUAAAGUUCUGGAGUUACAGAAUGAAGUGCCACAGCUCAAUGCCAUUCCCCGGAGAAGAUCCACAUUCGGAAAGACGAAGAACCAGCGAAUUCAACAGCUAAUCGCAGAGAAGGCCAAACAGGAGAUAAAAAAUUGAUCUCAGUGUAAACAUUACUGGGUUUUUUAUUACAGAAAGAGUAAAAAAAGAUUGUUUUAUUAGACAAGAAGCAAUGACAAUGGUGCUGAGUAAAACAAUAGGGAAGUUAAAAUCAUAUUCACACAAAGCUAUAUCAUCGAAAUAAGUACUGUUAAACACAUUGGGGCAGAUUUACUAAAGAGCGAAUCGGUUAACGCUAGCAACUUUUCACCAGCUUUGCCACCUAGCGAACUGGACCUUUGCUAGUGGUCAUUCGCACUCUAUCGCCAGGCAACUAUUUGCUCUGGCGAAUGAACGUUUCUCUGCAAAUUCACUAA